UAGUCUGAUAUAAUCCAUAUAAGAAUUCUGUACAGUACUGUUAGUACAAUACUGUACAGAAUUCUUUAAAAAACUAACAAGAAUUCUGUACAGUACUGUUAGUUCAGAUCCUCUUCAAAACUUGGGGUUGUUGUUCUUCUUUCUUUAUGCCAAGCAAAUGUGCAUUUCAGAAUGUGUAAGAUUAAAGAUAAAUGAAGACUAAAAAUAAAAUAAGAUCCUGGACUGGAUCUUUAACUAGAAGAGGAAGAAUUUUUCUAUUAAUGAUAUUAAUGAAAGGAAUUUUAGCAUUCUUAAAUUAAACUGUAACAAUUUGUUAAAUUGUUGACAUUAGUUAUCUAGAAAUCAAAACACAUUUCUCCCCUGAACUGUAUAGAAAAUACUGACAUAUUUUUUGUUAUCCCACUGUCUCUUUUAAAAAUUACAUGUCAUUAACAUUAUCAGUUUAUCAUGCCUAUAAUUAUAAUAUUGUGACAUAUUCUGGCUUCUGAAAUAAUAUAGGUCAUAUUUUGUAUUUCACUGUUCGAAUUCAAGUCUUAGCGAUGAAAGUUUUAGUGAAAUGCUCUAGAUUCUCUUAGGGUGGAUUAAUUUUAGAUCAAGUUCUACAUUUCAAAUGCCACAUCCUUUGGCUUGCUAAAUUUAAGCCAGAGUGACAUAAUCUGAUAUAGUCUGUAUUCACUGCUGAGACUCACCACACUUGGGACUCAUAGCUCCUUUCUCACAGACCUAAUACAUGCUGGACUACAUCUGGCUCUCUGAAGAUGUUUAAACAUUUGGGGUGCCAUUCAGUAAGGUGAAACUUACAUUUGAUUCUAUCAUCUUUUCUCCAUGGUGCAUAUCAACAAAUUGCAAUAAACUCUUCUGUGGUUAAUCUAGUAAUUACUCAGCAAUUUGAUAUUUAAUUGAUUUCAGCAAAAUAAAGAGGAUAGCCAUUUUUACUUUUUAGACAUUUUGUUUGGAAAGUAAACUAAAAAGCAUGAAACAAGCCUCAAUCCACCACAUUUAUAAUUCUAUAAAAUAAGAAUUCACAGCUUACAUUUUUUUCCUGUAGUCCUGCCAUGCAUUAUUUUUAAAUGCUUCCAUUUUAAUAGAUAUUCCAUAAUGAUAUUACUGUAUACCUAUAAUAAUGUUUCUGUUUUUCCAUCAUGGGCUUAUUUAGCAUGGGAAUGUCCAUAUGCAAGAGUCCACCUUCCUCUUUCUCCUACCUCUCAGUCAUGUUUUUUUUUUACAUGUUGAAAUUAUAUUUGCCUCUAUUUUCUCCUAUAUUACAAUCGAACUUUCUGUUUGUGCUUACCUGUGCUCUUCCAUUUUAUGUGUCACUUCCUUUAAAACUCAGUAACCACUGAUUGCAAAAUUUUUACCUAUUGGACAAUCAACUUUCCUCCAUUUUUUGGAAAGUGACUUAAAAUCUUCUUCACCUGGACUUUUGUAUAUAAUUAAAUGCAAUCCACACUUACUUCUCUGUUGAAUUCUGAGUACUCUUAUUCUUAACAUAUGCUUUGUUACAUACUUAAGUUGUUUGAUACUGUUUGUGAGUGAUUAAUUAUAAUUAAUAUAAAGAAAGAGCCAGUAUCUUUCAUAUAUCUUCCCUCAUGAUCUCAAUGUCCCCCUCUGCUACACACACACACCGUUAGGUCUACUAUUUUGCAUACUGUCCUACACAGUAGAGGGAUAUAGAAAAAUAAUUAGAUAAGCAAAUAAUUCUGUGUGAUAGGUAGUAGGUGAUUUUUUCCUAUGUAUAAACAUUCACGGAACCAUAAAUCUCCAAUUGUUCUACAUUACGACUUAGAAGAAGCAGCUGACUUACUGAAUGAUUUUUGUUCUGUACUCUACAGUUUAGACACUUGCUACUCAAAGGGUGGUCUAGAAACAGCUAAAUCAGAAUUGCAUUUCAACAAAAUAUCCAGAUGAUUCACAUACACAGUAAUGUUUGGAAAGCAUGUGACCCUGUGAAGUAAUAAGUUAAAGUCCAUCACCCUCUUUGUGCAUUUAUUUUUUUUAGUGAAAUUAUCUUCAUACUUUAGUAUACUGCAAUUGUGAAUAAUUUGCUUACAUAUUUGAAUACAUUCUAUAUAAGCAUUUUUUCUUUCAUGUGGUGUUUCAGUCAAAGCCAUUACAAUAAUUUUCUUAGAUUGUGAGAAUUAGACCUUCAAAGGCCCUUAAUAUAACUAGUAUGUAUAUGUAAGGCAAUUAAAUGAGUACUUAGUAAGUAGUCAGUUGGUUAAAGAAGCAAUUAGGAAACAAAACAGCAAGGGUAAUAAGAGAUUAUGGAACCUUUUGAAAGGAUGAUAAUACUUGUUCAUGUUGACUUAAAUAAAUUAUCUUCAUGCUAGUGAGGAUCCUUGGUUCAAUUAAUGAUAUUUCAAGCUAGUGAGUUCUUAAAAACUUUGAGCAAAGUGAUAGCUAGAGUGACCCAAAGCACAUGGAAGUGAUGAGGACUUCUAAGACAAUGGGGAAUAAUCAUAUAUUAUUCAUUUAAUUCAGGUACCCUUUUAAAGACUUGUCCAAAUACCACAAGGGUUGAUAAAAAACUUAUUUUUAUCACGAGGGAGAAGGUAUAAAGGCAAUGCAUGUGGAUACCAUUCCAAUUGAUUUGUUUUCUAGUAGGGGACACAGGCAUAAACAACCCUUAAGCCUAACUGAAGGAUGUAUGCAUUAAAUUUUAAAUGGUGGUAGCAUGUUGUGAGGCGUGUUAGUCAAGGUUUUCCAAAGAAACAAAAUCAAUAGCAUAUGUGUAUGUAAAAAGAUUUAUUUUAAGAAAUUGGCCAUUGCAAUUAUGGUGGCAGGCAAGUCCAAAAUCUGCAGAGUGGGUUGAUAGGCCGGAGUUUAGGGAAUAGACAAUGUUGUACUUCAUGUCUGAAUGCCAUCAGGCUAUAGAAUUCUCUCUUGCUCAGGAAAAUUCAGUCUUUUGUUCUAUUUAGUCCUUGAACUGAUUAGAUGAGGCCUAUCCACAUUUUGGAGGGCAAUCUGCUUUCCUUAAAGUCCACUGAUUUAUAUGUUAAUAUCAACUCACAAAAACAUUCAGAAUAAUGUUUGACCAUAUAUAUGGGCCUAGUGGCCCAGCUAAGUUGACACAUAAAAUUAAACAUCACAGGGUGGUAGAGAUGAAGGUGUUUUCUCCUCUGACAGAUUAUAGAUGACUUCAGGAAGGCUGUGGACUUUCAAUUCAGAAUGUAAUAAUGAGAAAAGUAAGAAAACAAGGAUGGAGGCAUUCUACCUUGAGAGAUACAAUGUAGCUAAUAAAAGCAUGGAGUCAGGCAAGUAUUUGCAGGAUGAGAGGUUGUGAGUGGACCAUAGCAGGAGGUUUGGAGAGGCACACAUUAGAAAAUAAGCCUAGAGCCAACUUGAAGCCUGAUUACAAGGGUCUGUGAAAAUCAUGUGAAAAAAAAUUGACUACAUGAGACUUUUAGAAAGAGGGGUGAUCCUACAUGAGUUUCAGAAGACUCAUUCUGUGUGCAUUAUGAGAGGUAGAGGUUGAAGUAGAUGAGAAAAGGGAGGGGGAUCAGCAGGUUAGGAUAUAAUGGCAAUAGUCCAAGUAAAAUAAAAUGAAGUUCUGAAUAAGAACAACAGUAAGAGGCAUGAAAGAUAACAAGGAUAUAUGGAGGUAAUAAAAGACAACUCUUAGAUUUUGAUGGUAUGUGGAGAUAUCAUGGUGAAUUACAAGGAGAUUGCAUUCAAGAUCCUGUAUUCCUGACUGGAAAUGAGAAUUGGUUUUCAAUCAGUUCUUCCUUUAAAUUUAUGCAAACUAUAUGGACAUUAAAAAUAAAACAACGACAAUAACAAAACAUUCUUUCAGUUUGUUGAGCCAGCUGUUUAUGCUAACCUGUAAAAUAUGAUUGUUUCUGCAGACUGAUUAGCAGAAAUAUUAUCUCUGAAAAUAAAGUAUUAUGGCUCACCAGGGCCAUGAUAUUUUUGUCUUGGUUACAAUCAGAGAAGCAGUAAUCUAGGAGAGAGACAUCAACAUUCAGUUGUCCAUUUCAACUAAUAUUGAAAAUAUUAAAGUUAUCUGAAAAUUAUUUAAAAUUAAUAUUAAAUCUCACUUUUCUUUAAUCUCCCCCUACUUCUCUUCUUGCCUUGGUUUCAGAUUUUAGAAAAAUUGAGGCAAUUCUGUGUGGAGUGUUUUUCUACAUUCUUAUGUAAGGGGCUUUGCUAACUUCCUUAUGGGGAGAGAAGGAGGACCUCACCAUGUCAGCCUUACAGCUUUGAGUGGUUAAUAUUACUUUUCUCUUUUUGCUCAGAGGCUGAAAGGAUACAUUUCACUGUUGACAAUGUAAAGGAAGAUUGAAAAUAAUUUGAUUUGUAUUGCUGUGUCUCUUCUAAAGACUCCUUAUGUCACAGUGAAAGAGCACAAACCUUUCUGAGAACGGGAACUCAGAAUGGAAGGAAGGAGGUGGCCAGAAGAGUUUGAAAUGUUGAUCAUAUGGCUCAACUUUUCCCAUCUGGAUAUGUGGAAAACCCAAGAGCAGAACAAAAUAAUUUUGUUGUUUUUCUUUUUUUGUUUUAUGUUCAAGGCUGGGCUAUAGAGGGCAAAUAGGGAUCAAUAUUAUACUUGAAAAUUUGUGAAGGGAAAUGUACAAGAAUUUAGGACUUUGUAAGAACUUAAGGCACAUUGAAAUUUUUUUUAACAUAUUAAGAGUCAUAUGUGUUUCUUUUUAGUAAAAAUGGCUGAAAAUUUUAUGCAAACAUUUAUAUUCCAUAGAACUUUUUAAACAAUGCUUAUAGUUUAUUGUAGAUGCUCCUCGUGGUAGGAUGGGGUUAUAUCUCUAUAAGUCCAUAGUCAAUUGAAAAUAUUGUAAGUUGAAGUGCAUUUAAUACACCUAGCAUACAAAAUCAUUGCUUAGUUAAGCUUACUUAAAUGUGUUCAUAACACUUUCAUUAACCUAUAGUUGGGUAAAAUCAUCUAACAUAAAGCCUGUUUUAUAUAAAGUGUUGAGUAUCUCAGGUAAUUUUUUGAAUACUGUACCAAAAGUAAAAAACAGAUGGGUUGUGUGGGUAUUUAAAGUAUAGUUUCUACUGAACACAUAUUGCUUUCACACCAUUGUAAAGUUGAAAAAUCAUAAAUCAAACCAUCACAAAUUGGAGACAGUCAGUAUAUAAAAUCAAACUCAUAUCUGUUGUGUUAACAUAUCCCCAGCUAUGAUGAUAUAUAAAAUCAAACUCAUAUAAUAUCUGUUGUGUUAACAUAUCUCCAGCUAUGAUGAUAAUAUUUUUGUUGAAAUUGAAAUAUAUGAUUCAAAUUGCAUGUGAAUUUUCCUAGAAAAAAUAACUUUUCACUAUGUAGUGUUCUAAUGGAAAGAAUUCAUCUUUAUUAUAUCUUCAACUCAAAAUACGUUGCAUAGAUACUGUCUUGAAUUAUUCAGUAUUACAUUAUAAUGUUUCUCACCUCAACAUGAUUAUGUACUCUUUGUAGGUAUGUGUCAUACCUUGUCUAUAUUUUGUGACUUUCAUGGCACAGAUACAAAGAAAACUAGAAUUAGAAAAGUAGAAUCUUUAUUUUAUAGAUGAGAAAAUUAAUGAUAAUGUCUACUUUGUAGGACACUGAGCUCAGUGGCAGCUCAUACCUUGUCCAAGUCAUACAGCAAUUAAACCUUGGUCUCACUGGUCCAAAAUGCACACUCAUUUUUCAUUUAUACCACAGUUAAUUAUGAGUCAACUUAAUUUAGAAGUGCUUAUUACAUCAAUAGGAAAUAGAGAGCAGAUUGCAUCUAGGCUGUCAUGGGGAUAAGUUAUUUUAUGUCUAAAUGAUUUUGUAGGUAUAUAUGAUUUGGGGAUAUCCUAUGGACAUUUAAUUUUGUUGAAUACUUUUCUGAUCUCCCAUUCAUUAAAUUGUCUUCUUCUUAUCUCAUGCUCCCCUUAUCUUUUACUAGUCUCAGGGAAAGAGAUAUUGCUCCUUCUUAUCAAGUACACCACCUAUUAAUAUUUGCGAUUUAAUUACCCCUUCCUCCUUUCCCUUUGCACUGACUCCUUUUCCUCAGGUACUUAAUUCUGUUCCCUUAUAAAAACUCUCUCAUGGUUUUUAUUUGCCCCAAAUCGUUACAUCAUACCAUAUAUUCCAUCAUCAGAAACCCUAACUUUCAGGUUCAUCUUAACCUCUUCCCUCUGUUUUUGUUUAUUUGUUUUGGCUGAAAACACCAUGCUAUUGAGUGUACUUGUCUUCCUGUAAAAGCUGUUUCUCUUCCUGGAAACCUCAUCUGCCAGCCUGGCAAAUUCUAUUUAUUCAUCAAGGCUUCAAUCAGUUGUUAGCUCAUUUAUUUAAAAAAAAAAAUCCAGUUUAUCCAGUUUCGAUGACUUGCCUUGAUUCCGUGGGUGCAUCAGGCACAUACUCAUUUCCUUCUCCCUUUAAGAUGACACUUUUUUGCAUUUUAUUAAUAGCAUUAAUUUAUGAAUCUGUCUUAGCCAUAGAAUUACGAGUUUUUUCUGGUAAAUACCAUGUCUUAUUCUUUAUUCUAACAGGACUUCCUGGCAUAGAAUACAGGCUCAAUGAAAGUUUUCUAAAUGAAUGAAUACAUAAUGGACACAUCUGUGCUUUCAGUGGCUAUCUGUGCUCCAGUGAAUAACUAGAGACAAUAAGUUUAGGGACAUUGCUUUACUGAGGUUGUAGGGAAGGCUGAGUCACAGGAACAUGGCAGAAACAAUGAGACCUUGGCCAUUGUACCAGAGUUGAACUCUUAGAUAUUUAGCACAUGCAUACACUUUUCUGGUCAUUUUACAUAUAUUUUUAUUUCUGUUUUGUUUUGAAAAUAGGUUAAAGCUCCAGGAAAUUUAAAAGAGUAGUACAAUAGCCACUCUUUAUCCAUGAUCAACAUUUUGGCAGAUUUGCUGUUGAGGAAUCAUUUAAAGAUGACACGAGAACAAUACAUACUAGCAACACAACAGAAUAACCUGCCAAGGACUGAGAAUGCACAACUUUACCCUGUGGGAAUUUAUGGAUGGCGAAAGAGGUGCUUAUACUUCUUUGUCCUUCUGCUGUUGGUUACCAUGAUAGUUAACUUAGCCAUGACAAUAUGGAUAUUGAAAGUUAUGAAUUUCACUGUGGAUGGUAUGGGAAAUCUGAGAGUCACCAAGAAGGGAAUCCGACUUGAAGGUAUAUCUGAGUUUCUACUUCCAUUGUAUGUGAAAGAAAUUCAUUCCCGAAAGGAUAGUCCACUGGUCUUACAGUCUGACAGGAAUGUAACAGUGAAUGCAAGAAAUCACAUGGGGCAGUUAACUGGACAGCUGACAGUAGGAGCUGAUGCUGUGGAAGCUCAGUGUAAAAGAUUUGAAGUGAGAGCCAGUGAAGAUGGCAGGGUGCUGUUUUCUGCAGAUGAAGAUGAGAUUACCAUUGGGGCUGAAAAGCUGAAAGUUACAGGCACUGAAGGAGCAGUAUUUGGGCACUCUGUGGAGACACCUCACAUCAGAGCAGAACCAUCUCAAGACCUCAGGCUUGAAUCACCAACAAGAUCCUUGAUAAUGGAAGCUCCUCGUGGGGUCCAGGUGAGCGCUGCUGCAGGAGAUUUCAAGGCUACCUGCAGGAAGGAGCUCCAUUUGCAGUCUACAGAGGGGGAGAUAUUUUUAAAUGCAGAUACAAUCCGGCUGGGAAAUCUACCAACCGGCUCAUUUUCAUCUUCUUUACCCAGCUCCUCAAGUUCUCGACAGACUGUGUACGAACUCUGUGUCUGCCCCAAUGGCAAACUUUACCUUUCUCCAGCAGGAGUAGGUUCCACGUGUCAGUCCAGUAGCAACAUCUGCUUGUGGAGCUGAAGUGACUAAUUUCUCCUCACACCAGAAUAGCCUUUUGUUCCUGUCCGUCUGCUUCACAGUUCUGCUCGGUUUCCCUUGUGAUCAGUCCAGAGCUUCUUCAAAUGGUCCACAGAGCAACUUCUUCCAGUGUGAGCUGGGAUUCGCUGCCACCUUCUCUCGUGAACUGCUCAACACAGAGAGUGUGAAUGACACAGCAGUGGAAAAACCAUCGUCAGCAGGAAAACUGGAUCAUGACUUUUGCUCAAAAGGGAGAAUAACAUAGGUGCCUUUGCUACAUGCAGUGAAGCACACAGUUUUAGAUUUUUGCAGGACCUGGAUAUGAACUGCACAUAUAUACAUUACAUAAAUGAAAUGCCCAGUAUCCAAUGGCAAGAUGAAAUGGUUAACCCUGUAAGAAAACUAAUUCUACAGUAUGAAAGCACAAUUUUCCAUUCAUCUUUUUGGAUGUAAACUUUUAUCCCCAAAUUUUAAAAUUUUGAAGCAUUAUGUAAUGCUUGCUUUACUAAAAAUUAAAUUCAAUACAUAAUUUUUAACAAAACAAAACAAGACAGAAUCCUUCCCUGAGUUUUCUUAGUUUCUUUAAAUUCAAUGUGUUGUUACUCUUUGUCUACUAAGUCUAGAAUUUUGUACAUUAGGUAAUUUUGAAAGCACUCAGCAAUAUAAUCUUUCCAGAAUUAAUAAAAUGCCAUUAUAUUGUCAUUUGCCAGAUCUGGAUGGCCUUAUAUAGUAUUUACUUGGCUACUGCAUGUGAUGUAUUUGCUUUUAACAAAACAUCUAAUUUAUUGCAAAAUGAGAUAGGAUUAAGAGGGAUGUGAGAUUCAUAGAUCAUUUCUUUAAAAAUCCACAUGCUAUCCUUCACACCUAGGUUUUAAUAGUAAAAUUUUUGUUUGCUCCACUCACUUUAUACAUAACUCUGACUGCGAAAAUUCAAUCAUCUUCUAAAUAAAUAAAUACUAAUGUGAUGCAUACUGCUGAGAACGGAUUCACUUUCCAUUGGGAUAUCAUCUUCAGAAUUAUUCUCCAUUUAUUUUUUUAUUGAAGGUUAAGAUUUAAGGGGCUUGAAAUUAAAUUAAAAAUCUUUGACUAAACAGUAAAAAAGAGAAACGUUAAUAAACAUUGAAAAUGUGUUUAUUCCAUUAGAUUUAUAUUUUAAGGAAGUUGGUCACAUUUCUAUCCAGCUGUUAACACUUAGUUACUUUUAUUAGACUGUUAAGCUGCCCUGACAUCAGCAAUCACAGAUCUUUCCAUUCUCCACUGCUCAUUUUUGUAAAUUAGCUCUUAAUAAAUAACUCCAGAAUACUGUGGAUUCAUUUAUCACAACACUCCUUAACUCAAAUUCUUGAAACUUACAGAAUCCAAGAAUGUAAAACUGUAUUAAAUAUUUCCUAUUAUGGGAAGAUGACAUGGUUCCUAUAAGGUAAGUCCUCAGUUUUCACAUGUCAAUCAACCUUUUUCUCCCCCAUGCACACUUUUAACAGAUGUGUUGGAGCUUCAUUUUGAGGGUUAAUGGGUGUAGUGCCUUUGGGGUUCAGGUCUGUACAGCUUAGAGUGAAGAGAGCAAUUAGAACUUGCUGAAGAAAUUUGGUUAGUGAAAGUAGUAAUAUUGGGUAAUGCAAGGAGAAAAGUGAACCCUUUGGCCAGAAUUAUCUUAUUUGGAUAACAAGAUAUUGAAUAAUUGAAAAAGUUUCAUCUCACUGUACUCAGCAGAAGGGUUUGAAAGCUAGUUCAUUUCAGUAUUUUAUAAAAUAAAACUUGACUUGUGUUUGGGUGUUAUUAUAUAAAUCUAUAAAUCAAUAUUGGAGUAAGAAUUAAGAUCUACAAAUGCUUAAAAAUCAUAAAUAAGUUUAACUUAUAUUAAAACAACAUUCAAAUUUAACAUGAUAAAUUCUCACAUGAAUCUUUGCAAAAUACCCAAAGUAAAAUACAAGAAAUUUCAAGAAAUUAUGGGUGCUAAUCACUAUAUUAUGGACUUCUAAAGAAAACAUUAUGUAUUAAUUUGAGACAUAUUCAAGUUGUAAUCAUUCCUAAAUUAAAAUAAUUAGAAAGUUUUUAGUCAAAGAGGAACAAUACUUUUGAUUAGUAAUUGGCCCCGUUUCUAAUCUUAGCUCUCUUCUACUAAUCAAUUGAGCUGAUUUAGGCAGGCUGGAAUCUCUCCAGACUUCAGUUUACUCAACUUUACAGCAAAAGUAUCCAAUCAAAUGGUCUCUUGUGGUCCCUUCCAAUUCUAACGUGUUCUAGUUGCAAGAACAAAAUUAUAGAAGGCAGAAGGUAUCACUGAAAAUUUAAAUCAUAUGUCAUAAAAGGAGAAAAGAUGAGAAGAAUAAUGAGAAAAAAAGAUGUAAAAACCAAUUCUGAUGAGGGGCUACAAAAUUUUUAAUCCAAAUAUAUUCCAAAAAGUAUAGACACAAUUCAAAAAUAAUAUAAAAGCUUGAAAGAUUUAAACUAUGUCCAGAUCAUAUAAAAAUAUCUGUUCGAUUUAGUAGAAAAAAAAAAUAACGAUAGAAAUGCCUUCUCCAUCCAACACUAAAUAAUUGGUUUAAAUUACUUGACUGGCUAUUUCAGAUUUCUCAGAAUCUACAAAUAGACCCAGACUCUGAAUUCAAGCUUCUUGUGAAGGCUUAGAAAAGUGCUAUUAAAAAUCUUUGAUUUCUUUCCU